AUGUCCGUUGUCAAGAAAGAGAGAGUCAAGCAGGUGCCGAAGUUUAUGCAGGCUACUGUGUCUUGUGGUCAGCAAUCAAUUUUGUACGGUCAAUGUAUUAUGAAACACUAUCAGAAUAUGUCCAAGGACGCCUGCGCCGCUGAGUUUAGUGCUUAUAAGAAGUGUGUGCAGACGGUGCUGAGCAGGAAAUGGUGA